AUGGUGCUAGCUGCAGCGGAGUCCAUGGAGCAAUAUGCCUACCUGCCUGCGCGGCAGGCGGCUGAUGCUCUGGACAGAGCUUACGCUCACUGUGAUGAUGUUCGUGCUGCCCGCAAGGCCAGUGGCACCACGAUUUGGACGCGCAAAGCCGGUGCUCGACCUGAUACGUGCCGAGGUGGUCUGACCUUAUCAUUGGAUUUGGAACGCACGUUUGAUUCAGUACCAUGGGCCACCCUGGAAGAGUGCCUCGUUGAGUUCGGUGUACCCGCUGACCUUAUAUCCUUGAUACUUUUCCUUCAUGAGCAUGCAAGAUACACUUUUACACUUAGCGGGGAAACUGUGAGUGUUGAGCCUCAGCAGGGUACCCGUCAGGGUUGUGGUAUGUCUCCGACAAUCUGGACGCUUUUCUCUCUCCACCUGGCGAAGAAACUGCAGCUCGUGGCACCGAGCUCACUCAGGACUUACUUCGCAGAUGAUCUUCUGCUGCAGUGGGAGUUCUUAGGUGAGUUAGCUUUUCGUUGCAUUCCCCAGGAAAUUGCUGCUGUUCUCACCUUACUCAGGCGUGAGGGCAUGUGCAUCAGUGUCAACAAAACUGUCAUCCUCCGAUCGUGGUGGGGCAGCCGCGUUCAUGAUGUCACCAGGCCCUUCCUGACAAAACUUCAGCACAAGCGCUACUUUCGUGUGGCCUUGGACUCGGGUGAGGAAAUUCGUCUGCCUCUGGUAGACUCCCACAAGUACCUCGGCAUGUUUCUCAGCUACAAAAACUACGAAGCCCUAAGCCUUAAGUACCGGGUGCAACAGUCGUGGGUCGCUUUCAACCGGCUCACCAAGGCCUUGAAAAACCGCUCUCUGCCAGUGCGUCUGCGUCUGCGCCUCUACAACAGCGUCUGCUUGGCUACUGCCACUUAUGGUCUUACCAGCAUAGGGCUCAGUGCUGAGGGUCAAGCCAAAUUUCGAGCCACUGUUAUACGGCAGCUCCGCAUGGUUGUGGGUGACCACUCCCACGUCACAGGCCACACCAACGUCGAAGUCUUAGGUAAGUAUGGUAUUGAUGACCCAAUGCUGCAGGUUGAUGAGCGCACUCGUCAGCGCGUUGACAAGGCCCGAACAAACCAGUUUCUUCCGUACUCUGAUGCUGUUGCCAGACGCUGGUCCCGCCUAGUGGACGCUCCUCUCACACCUGAGCUGGAGCAGCCACCGAUGGUCCUACGCCACACUGAGCAAGCACCAGUCACUUGUGAGAUUUGCCAUGUUGCGGAACUUGUGCAUCGCAAAGGGCGUGCUCACUACUGCCCGAUCUGCGGUAUCUGGGUCACCCAGACGCUGUCGGAGCUGGAGGUGGGUCGCAAGGACAUGGACCAGUGGAACGAGUUGAUGGAGGGCCUUCCCAAGUCCUUCACGGAGUCAGCUCAGAAGCGAGAGCGAGACGAGCCCAGGGAGGAGGAGGAGCCCAGUCGAGCAACCAGGGCACCGAAGACCAACAAAGGAGACAAAGGGGGAAAAGGAAGGGGCAAUCAGCCCAAAGUGAAUCGCGACACCAACGAGAAGACCGAGAAGACCGAGGAGACGACCACCACCCCCAAGGAUCUGAAGAGCAUAGUCCGGAUGCUGACCACAGUGGUCAUCCGCCAGGAGGAUCAACUGCAGCUCUUUCGGCAGGACAGUGCAUACAUCCUCUUCAUGGAGACCUCCGCUCCCCUGGCCAUCCUACCUCAGCUGUACGCUCUCGGUCAGACUUGGAGCGAGAAGAAAGCGAAGGACCCUGCCUCUCCGGGGCUGCCCUUGAGAGUCGUGCUUCUGGGAUGCCUACUCAAGCAGAUCGAGCUACGCAUCGAGAAGCUGGGCACGGACGAGGAGCUUCGCAAAGUGGCCAAGGAAAGCAAGCUCCUCUCGGAGGCCGAUUGCUUCAACUACUUGGAGUACGACGCCAAGGCGAAGAGCUACCAAGUCAAGGAGGGGAGGCUCGCCAUUCCCAGAAAGGAUGCGCUCCAGCUGGUACGGGAGCUUCAGGAGUUCAUCCUGAUCCCCAGAAUCUCGAACAGAGGCCAGGUGGCACAGAACGCCUACAGCCUGUUCGACAGGCUCACGCACAGCGGCGUCAUGCGUCUAGUGGCAGGAAACUUCCGCCACGACAAAAUCCAGCGAUCCUCGCUGGCGCUCUGUAUCCUGAAUCGAUCAAACUUCUGUUACGCAAAUUCGCUUGUAGUGCUUCUGCUUCACUUGCGACUCCUUUCUGCAGAGCCAUUGUUUCCUAAAGCCUUAGACCAAUUUCUCCUCAGACUGCUCCGCGAUUCCAACAGGCAGCUGUGGGAUGAUUUUGCGUGGUGUGCUCUUGUCAGAGGCUGGCAGCGGCCAGCUCAGCAACAUGAUGUUGUAGAGUUCUGUUCUUUCCUUAGCACGAAGAACGUGUUCCAGCAUCGCUGCUUUCAGGGACGAUGGCAGGCCAGAUCAUCGGAUGGAGGCCGUGUAACGGAUACAGGCCACACUUGGCCCUUGUUUCUUGCUGAACUGCCCACCGAAGACUGUUCUGUGCAAACCAUCCUGGACGAUUGGCACUCGCAGGAGCAUGUCCAUGCCCUGAGCGAAGCGCCGCAUUAUCUGCUGAUUCAGCUGAAUCGCUUUGACGGGGAAGAUGGCAGACGCAGCCAAUGCCGAGUUCAAACCAGUAGCACCCUCUCUGUCCCUACUUACACUACGGAUGCUGGACAAGCCAUACAACUUCUGCAGUAUCGGCUGGUGUCUCUCAUCUUACACAAAGGGGUGUACAGUACUUCGGGGCAUUACCAGGCUGCCACUGUUCAUGGAGAUCAUUUGUGGCUUCAUGAUGACGG